CAGGGCGGGACUAUGCCCAUGCGCUCGGGCGCCGGAAUCCAAGGACUCCAUGGCAGCUACCGGCCAGUCCAAACCAAAUCUUCUGGCGACUAGGCUCAUGUCAUAGCUGCAUUUCUGUCCAAUAGCAACGCUGGAUUUUGCCUUCGAGGUAGGAAUAAUGGGGUUCGUACCACGAUGUCCUGGCACUAGUCUGUUCGUUUGAUGUUUUAUCUGGAUCGUCUUACACAUCACGGGCGAAGAGUGCUUACAUUUGUCCUUGCGCUACUCAUACCCAGCAAUAGUUAAGAGAUUCGAUUGUGCGUGCUAUUAGGUAUCAUACUUCGCCAUUUUACCUGUCUUAAUUCUUUCCCUUUUUACUUCAUCGAGACCUCACCUUUCACAGAUGCCAACUCGGCUAUCCUAAUAUCAACAAUCAGCCAUGGACGGCAGAAGAAGAAGCAUGACCGGAGCUGGUGAUGACAUCCUCCGUCGACUUUCGAGGACCUUUUCUGGAAAAUCACACAAGCAAGAAGAAGAGCCAGAAGAGCAUGCAAUCGAGCGGUGGACCUCGAGGAACGAGAAGGGCGGAAUCGACGAUGCAUCAUCCGAUAAGACUAGAGUCAACGACUGGCGUCUGGACCAACAUGUAAAAGACAUCCAAGCCAAUGAUCCAGCGGGAGGUCGAAAGCUUGGUGUCACAUGGAAGGACUUGACGGUCAAAGUGAUCCCCUCUGAUGCUGCACUUCAGGAAAACGCACUGAGUCAAUUCAAUGUGCUUCAACAAUCGAGGGAAGCACGCAACAAGGCCCCGUUGAAGACUAUUCUGGACGGAUCUUCUGGUUGCGUCAAGCCAGGAGAGAUGCUCUUGGUUCUCGGAAGGCCUGGAUCUGGCUGCACGACCCUCCUAAAGCUGCUUGCCAACAAGAGAAAGGGUUACGCUGAAGUUGAAGGCGAUGUCCAUUUUGGCACCAUGACUGCCAAGGAGGCUGAACCCUAUCGCGGGUCUAUCGUGAUCAACACCGAAGAAGAGCUGUUCUACCCUUCCCUGACGGUAGGGAAAACCAUGGACUUCGCCACCCGACUAAACAUCCCCAACACCUUGCCUAGUGACGCCGGGAACCAAGAAGAGUGGCGCCUCAAGUUCAAGAACUUCCUGUUGGAUAGCAUGGGCAUCUCACACACUGAGGAUACCAAGGUCGGCGACGCAUUCGUUCGAGGUGUGUCCGGCGGUGAGCGCAAGCGAGUCUCCAUCAUCGAGACUUUGUGCACAAGGGGCAGCGUCAUGGCGUGGGAUAACUCCACUCGCGGACUUGAUGCGUCUACAGCGCUUGAGUACACCCGUGCCUUGCGUUCCAUGACAGACGCCAUGGGAAUUGCAACCAUUGUUACGCUAUACCAGGCUGGAAAUGGUAUCUACGAUCUGUUCGACAAAGUACUUGUACUUGAUGAGGGUAAGCAGGUCUACUACGGGCCACUUGCACAAGCCCGCCCGUUCAUGGAGUCCCACGGCUUCAUCUGCGGCGACGGCGCCAACGUUGCAGACUUCCUCACUGGUGUCACUGUUCCCAGUGAGCGACAAAUCAAGCCGGAGUUCGAGUCGCGAUUCCCGCGCAACAACAUCGAACUGGAGAAGGCCUACCGCGAAUCAACUACGAAGGCCGUCAUGGACCGUGAGCUUGAUUACCCCAACACACAAGAGGCCAAAGUCAACACCGAGGCCUUCUUUAACGCAAUCUCCCUUGACAAGUCGAAGCACCUGCGCAAGAACUCACCCAUGACUGUCUCUUUCCAGGCUCAGGUCAAGGCAUGUGUCAUUCGGCAAUACCAGAUUCUCUGGGGAGACAAGGCAACUUUCAUCAUCAAGCAAGGUUCUACUAUUGUACAAGCGCUCAUAGCCGGAUCUCUAUUCUACAACGCUCCCGACAACUCUGCAGGCUUGUUUGUGAAGGGUGGUUCGCUCUUCUUAGCCCUCUUGUUCAACGCCCUGAUCGCCAUGUCUGAGGUUACAGAUGCCUUUGCUGGCCGUCCUAUUCUUGCUAAGCACAAGAACUUCGCAUUCUUCAACCCGGCUGCUUUCUGCAUUGCUCAGAUUGCCGCCGACGUUCCAAUUCUCUUGUUCCAGGUCACCUCGUUCAUCGUCAUUCUGUAUUGGAUGACUGCCUUGAAAGCCACAGCUGCAGCUUUCUUCACCUGUUGGUUCAUCGUCUACGUGGCCACCUUUGCCAUGACCGCUUUCUUCCGCAUGAUUGGUGCUGCGUUCCCAAACUUUGACGCCGCCUCCAAGGUAUCUGGCUUUUCCGUCACUGCUGUCGUCUUGUAUAUUGGAUACCAGAUUCCCAAGCCUCAGAUGCACCCUUGGUUUGUAUGGAUAUACUGGAUCAACCCCCUCGCCUACGGCUUCGAGGCACUGUUGGCGAACGAGUUCAAGGAUACCGUCAUUCCGUGUGCUUUCUCCAACCUCAUUCCCAACUACCUACCACAGUACUUGGACCCUGCUCACCAGUCUUGUGCUGGUGUUGCAGGUGCCGCUUCUGGUGCUGUGUCUCUGACCGGCGAGCAAUACCUUGCAAGUUUGUCUUAUUCACCAUCGCGCAUCUGGCGCAAUGUCGGUAUCCUCAUCGUAUGGUGGGUGUUCUUCGUUGCUUUGACCAUCUUCUUUACUCUCCGCUGGGACGACGCUGCUGGCUCCACGGGCGCGCUUCUUAUCCCUCGCGAGAAUGUAAAGAAGGUCCCCAAGUCUAUUGCGCCCACCGAUGUGGAGGCACAGGCUGGUGAGAAGGUUCCUCGCACACAGGCCAACGAUGGCAACGACAAUUCUGGCGGAGACGCUGGAGGCGGCUUGAUGCGCAACACUUCGGUCUUCACCUGGCGUAACUUGUCAUAUGUUGUACAGACUCCAUCAGGGCCGCGCACGCUUCUAGACAAGGUAAAUGGUUACGUCAAACCAGGCAUGUUGGGUGCUCUGAUGGGCUCAUCGGGUGCGGGAAAGACUACUCUACUCGACGUUCUGGCGCAGCGGAAGACUGACGGAGAGAUCCACGGAGAAGUCUUUGUCGACGGCCGCCCCUUGCCUGUUUCUUUCCAACGCUCUGCAGGUUAUUGCGAACAGCUUGAUGUCCACGAGCCUUUCUGUACGGUCCGCGAGGCUCUCGAGUUCUCAGCCCUUCUUCGACAAAGCCGCGAAGUACCUGACCAAGAGAAGCUCGCUUAUGUCGACACAAUCGUUGAUCUUCUGGAACUACACGACCUUGAGCAUACGCUUAUUGGACGAGUGGGUGCUGGUCUAUCUGUCGAACAACGUAAGCGCGUCACGAUUGGUGUUGAACUUGUGUCUAAGCCAUCUAUCUUGAUCUUCUUGGACGAACCUACUUCCGGUCUUGAUGGCCAGGCUGCAUUCAAUACAGUUCGUUUCCUGAGGAAGCUUGCAGAUAUCGGCCAGGCAGUCUUGGUCACUAUCCACCAGCCUUCUGCUCAGCUGUUCGCCCAGUUCGACACGCUCCUCCUCCUGGCCAAGGGCGGCAAGACAGUCUACUUCGGCGAUAUUGGUGACAACGGCCAGACCAUCAAAGACUACUUCGACAGAAGUGGUGUCUCAUGCCCUCCAAAUGCUAACCCUGCCGAAUUCAUGAUUGAUGUCGUCACUGGCACGCACGCGACCGACAAGGAUUGGCACCAAGUCUGGCUGGAAUCUCCAGAGCAAGCACAAAUGCAACAAGAUCUCGAGCACAUCAUCACCGAUGCUGCUGGAAAGGCGCCAGGCACUACUGAUGAUGGCCACGAGUUUGCUACCAGCAUGUGGACUCAAACUAAGUUGGUCACUCAGCGCAUGAAUGUCAGCUUGUACCGCAACAUCGACUACGUCAACAACAAGAUCGCACUUCACAUCGGUGUUGCCCUCUUCGUCGGCUUCUCCUUCUGGAACAUUGGUGACUCAGCCUCUGACCAGCAACUGGUCCUCUUCUCCCUGUUCAACUACAUCUUCGUUGCUCCUGGUGUCAUUGCGCAACUACAACCUCUCUUCAUCGACCGUCGUGACAUCUACGAGACGAGAGAGAAGAAGUCCAAGAUGUAUCACUGGGCUCCCUUCACCACCGGUUUGAUCGUGUCUGAGAUGCCCUAUCUGGUCAUCUGUGCCAUCCUGUACUUCCUCUGCUUCUACUACACUGCCGGCCUUCCUGUUUCCUCAGACAAGGCAGGUGCGAUCUUCUUCGUCAUGUUGGUCUACCAAUUCUUCUACACUGGAUUUGGCCAGUUCAUCGCCGCCUACGCACCCAACGCUGUAUUCGCGUCGCUCGUCAACCCCCUCUUGCUCGGAGUCCUCAUCUCCUUCUGCGGUGUGCUCGUCCCCUACGCCCAGAUCCAGCCCUUCUGGCGCUUCUGGGUGUACUACAUGAACCCGUUCAACUACCUGAUGGGCGCGCUUCUCGUCUUCGCCGACUGGGACUGGGAGAUCAACUGCCGCGAGUCGGAAUUCGCCGUCUUCGACCCGCCCGCGGGCCAGACGUGCUCGCAGUACCUCGAGGCCUGGCUCGCGGGGCCCGGCGCCCGCAACAAUCUCGUCAACGGCGAUGCGAUGGAGAGCUGCAAGGUGUGCCAGUACCGUCGCGGCAGCGACUACUUGAGCACCGUCAACCUCAACGAGUACAUGUACGGCUGGAGGGACGCGGCGAUCUGCGUAAUCUUCGUCUGCAGCAGCUACGCGCUGGUCUAUCUGCUCAUGAAGCUCAGGACAAAGGCCAGCAAGAAGGCCCAGUAGGCUUUCGACAUGUUUCACUGAUUUCACGAUGGUCAGACCGACCGUUGUACAUGGCACUUGGUGCCACGUCUUCAAUUCGCGUCUCUCCUUAAUCCGCAUUAAUGCAUAGCGCUUUAUACCUUAGAUUUCCGCGUUGCCAUCCAUAUAUUAGACUUAGAAUUAUGCAUUAGACACUUCUAC